AUGACUGUCUCACUGAAUGCUGAUCUUGUAAUAAGUCAUUGCCAUUCACCACAGGAUGAAGAUGAUGACCAUGACCAUGAACAUGAUGACGACCAUGACCAGAUGGAUGGGCUUCGAGGGACCAUCGCCUCGUCGCUUGGCAGUCCCAACGGCCCACCCCCUUUAACGCCCAUUUCGCAGGCUCGACAGUGUCAGCUGUGCCUCGUGACGUUGGCAAAUGCAAACCUCUUGCGCCGUCAUGUUGAGGACCACCACUUUCACAUACGUAAAUACGACUGUGUGCACUGUGGAAAAAAGUUCAAAAGAAAAGAGCACAGGGAAAGACACGAGCGAAUACACACAGGAGAAAAACCCUUUGUUUGUCACAUUUGCAAUGCGAGAUUUACUCAGAAGGAGCACCUAAAGGGCCAUGUGGAGAAUGUCCACCACAAGCACGGUGAGAAAGGGAUGGACGACCUUGACCCUCUGGAGGAUCGAGAAGACCGUGACGAUGAGGAGAUGGAUAUCCCCCCCUCAUGCUCCUCGCCUCCUCCUUCCUCAUCGACCUCAUCACCCACCCUCGCACCUGUGUCUUCCCUUAUCUCCCUGGCAUCGAGUGCCUCCCCGCUUACCUCAAUUCUCCCAGCCUCAUCGCUGGUCUCAUCCGCUGGGCUGUCCACCUCGACAUCCCUGGCCAAUGAUCUCAACAUGAACCAGUUCACAGCCCUAUAUGCGCCAGUGACGCGGAAGACUGUGAACUCGCCAAACAAACACAUGCAGACCAUUACCAUUAAUUUUAACUAGUGCCAAUUAGCUAAGUGCCUUUGGGUAUGUGCUUUUUAUAAUUGAGAUUCAUACAUUCCCCCCUCCACUGCCAUUAUAAUUUUGUUUAAUUUUAUUCUAUUUUUUGUAUGAAAAAAUCAUUUCAUUUUCAGUGUUAGUGCUGUAGUAUAAGAUUUUUUCACUGCAUUCCUCAAAAUGAUUCAAGCUUGUUUCUUCUCUUUUUUCUCUCUCCUCUCUUUCUUUCUUAUAGUGGAGAAGACAGUGAGAGUUGUAUUCUAUCAUUAACAAAUGUUACCAUAAAGCCACCAAAAAUUAGUUUAUCUCCAGUGAAUGACACACUACAUAUGUAAAUCUUUAUAUACGUUCUAUCAUUGAGAGUGCUAGAGGGCCUGUUUUUUGCUGAAGUAAGGGAUGAUGGCAUUAAGGUCUUUCACUAAA